GCUGUACUCGGAUCAGUUUGCCGAGCUGCACCUGGGAAAGACUCGGCUCACCUGAGAGGGAAGACCGAUCCGCUUCUGUUCAGUACCGAAGAGUCCAAUUGGAGCUCACCUGUCUUUCGCCACUUUUCACUAAACUUUAGGCUUUUAGGAACUCCAUGGGUAAACAAUAAUUAACCUGACUAACUUGAACCGGGGAGCUGAUAUGAGGAGUCUUACCAGUCGUGAGUAGUCGAGCCCAGAGACUUUUAGAAAAAACACUUCCGGUGUUUUUUUCCUUCCUUUUAUUUAUUUAUGACAGUUAAAGAGGAAUAAUAAACAUGCUCGGGGCGGAGAGCAUGCUGGAGAGCCGGCUGAAGAAGCUGGAGGCCCUCAUGAAGAACCCAGAGUCGGUGCUAAACUUGGAAGCGCUGCUGGAUUCCAUAAAUGCCUUGGCUCACGACUUGAACUAUCCUGCUCUGCGGAAGAACAAGAACAUCGAAACAUUUUUGAUCCGAUUUGAAAAGGCGGUGAGCCAGCUGCGCGAGUUGCAGGUCAAGCUGGACGACUUUGAAAAGGUGAAGCUGAUCGGAAGAGGAGCUUACGGAGAAGUGCAGCUGGUGCGACACAAGGCCUCUCGCAAAGUCUACGCCAUGAAGCAGCUCAACAAGUUCGAGAUGAUCAAACGGUCCGACUCGGCUUUCUUCUGGGAGGAGAGGCACAUCAUGGCCUUCUCUAACAGCCCCUGGCUCGUUCAGCUGUGCUGUGCCUUCCAAGACGACCGCCACCUCUAUAUGGUGAUGGAGUUUAUGCCGGGCGGAGACGUGGUCACCCUCACCUUGAAGUACGACAUACCAGAGACGUGGGCUCGCUUCUACACGGCCGAGGUGGUGCUGGCCCUAGACGCCAUCCACUCCAUGGGUUUCAUCCACCGCGAUAUCAAACCCGACAACAUGCUGCUCGACCGGCACGGACACCUCAAGCUGGCUGACUUUGGCACAUGUAUGAAGAUGGAUUCUACAGGCAUGGUGCGCUCCGACACUGCCGUAGGCACACCCGACUACAUCUCCCCCGAGGUGCUCCAGUCUCAGGGUGGCGAAGGUCACUACGGGCGGGAGUGCGACUGGUGGUCUGUGGGCGUCGUCCUAUACGAGCUGUUAGUAGGGGAGACUCCGUUCUAUACAGAAUCCUUGGUUGGAACCUACGGGAACAUCAUGAACCAUAAGAACUCCCUCCGCUUUCCAGAUGAUGCGGAGAUGUCUCAGGAAGCCAAGACCCUCAUCUGUGCCUUUCUAACAGACAGGGAGAUUCGUCUGGGCCGCACCGGAGUGGAGGAGAUCAAAUGUCAUCCCUUCUUCAAGAGCGACCAGUGGACCUUUGACAACAUCAGAGAGACUGUAGCUCCGGUUGUGCCAGACCUGAACGGCGACAUCGACACCAGCAACUUUGAUGACAUCGAGGAUGAUAAAGGAGCAGCCGAGACUUUCCAGCCACCUAAAGCCUUUGUGGGCAACCAGCUUCCAUUUGUCGGCUUCACUUACUUCAAGGAUGACCAGCUGCUGAAGGCAACUAAAAACAGCUCAGAGGACUCUGAUAACGAAAAGGACAAAUUGGAGGAAAAACAGCGUCGCUCCGACAACAAGAAAGAACUGCAGAAAAAAGUGAAUGAACUGGAGGAGCAGCUGGACCAUGAAAUGCAGGCCAAAGACGAGCUGGAGCACAAGUUCCGAAAUGCCACCAACAGUUUAGAAAAGUUGGUCAAGGAAUUAGACAAGGAGAUGAACAGCAGACAGCUCGUGGAGGCCUCACUCAGGCAGAUGGAGCGCGAUCGAGUGCUCCUGCAGCACGAGAGUUCCGAGAACCAGCGCAAAGUGGAGAUCGAGACGGACAGGAAACGUGGACUGGAGAAUGAACUGAACAACCUGAGGGACCAGUUAGAGGAUCUGAAGAAGAGGAACCACAAUUCACAGCUCUCCAACGAGAAGAACGUCCAGUUGCAGAAACAACUGGACGAGUCCGCUGCCACGCUUCAGGCUGAGCAGGAUGCGGCGGCGAGGCUGAAGAAGAGCCAGGCGGAGAUGCAGAAACAGGCCCAGAGCCUGGAGCUAAGCCUCAGGGAGGCUCAGGAGAAAUGCAGGCAGCUUGAGGAGGGCAAGAUGGAGCUGGAGAAGCAGCUGACGGCGCUGCGGGCCGAGCUGGAGGCGGAGAGGAGGGAGCGCGGCAUCAAGACAGAAAUAAUCGCAGACCUACAGGGACGCACGUCUGGCCUGCAAGAGGAGGUAAAAGAAGUGAAGUCAUGUCUCUCCUCAGUCCAGACUGAGAAGAACCAACUACAGGAGACGCUGAAUGACCUCGAGAAGGAAAAGAGCAACCAAGAGAUCGAGUUGACCUUUAAGUUAAAGUCGCUCCAGCAGAGCCUGGAGCAGGAGGAGACUGAGCACAAGGCCACGAAAGCCAAGCUCGCGGACGAAAACCAAAUUUAUCAAUCCCUCGAGGUGGCAAAAUCUGCCGCCUUAAAAGAGAUGGAGCACACGCUUCAGGAGGAGCGCAUUCUGAAGCAGGAGGUGGAGGCAAAGCUGCUGCAGCUGAAGAAGGACCACUCCAUGCUGGACUGCGAUUACAAGCAGGCGCAGCACAAACUGGAUGAGCUGCAGACGCAAAAGGAGAGAGUUUCUGACGAGGUGAAGAACCUGAGCCUGCGCCUGGAGCAGGAGAUUCACAAGCGCAGUCUAGCCCAGAGUGAGCUGAAAAUGGAGAAACAGCAGGUGACCGUCCUGUGCACCUCAGAGAAGCAGCUCAAACAGGAGCUCAACCACCUGCUGGAGAUGAAGCAGGUCCUGGACAAACAGAACAACGACAUGCGCAGGGAGAAACAGGAGGCUGACGGCCUGUUGAAGGAUUUAAAGGAACAGCUGGAGGCGGAGCAGUAUUUCACGACCCUUUACAAGACGCAGAUCCGUGAACUGAAAGAGGAGUGUGAUGAGAGGAACAAACUGCAUAAAGAGGCUCAGCAACGGCUGGCAGAAUACCAGGAGGAAAGGGAAUCGCUCGCAUCCCAGCUGGAAAGCAGCCUGACCAAGGCAGACUCGGAACAGCUGGCUCGCUCCAUCGUGGAGGAGCAGUACUCCAAACUGGAGAAGGAGAAGAUCAUGAAGGAGCUGGAGAUCAAAGACAUGUUGGCCAGACACAAGCAGGAACUUGGCGACAAGGAGGCCACAAUCAGCUCGCUGGAAGAGUCCAAUCGCACUCUCACCGUGGAUGUUGCCAACCUGGCCAGCGAGAAAGAGGAGCUCAACAACCAGCUGAAAGAACUGCAGCAACAGCUCCAGCAAGCAAAGGAUGAGGAGACGGAGAUGAGCUCUCUCAUAGUGUCCUUUGAAAAGCAGCUGCAGAACGAAAGGACGCUAAAAACUGUGGCCGUCAACAAGCUAGCCGAGGUGGUGAGCCGGAGGGAGACGAUGAAGGGAGUCCACCGAGGCAUUGACAUGGAGGUGCACAGGAGGGAGAAGGAGAACAGAAAGCUGCAGCUGGAGCUCAGAUCAGAGAAGGAGAAAUUCAACAGCACCAUCAUCAAAUACCAGAGAGAGCUGUCGGAAAUGCAGGCGCUAAUAGCGGAGGAGAACCAGGUACGUCAGGAGCUUCAAAUGACGCUGGCCAGCAAGGACAGCGACAUCGAGCAGCUUCGGUGCCAGCUCACCUCCCUCAGCGUUCACUCUCUGGACUCUACCAGCAUCAGCAGUGCCAACGACCUGGACGCGGGCGAAGGCUACCCAGACUCCAGACUAGAGGGCUGGAUUUCACUUCCUACCAAGCACACAAAGCGGUUCGGCUGGGACAAAAAGUACGUAGUGGUGAGCAGUAAAAAGAUUCUGUUCUACAACAGCGAGCUGGACAGAGAGCUGGCCAACCCUUUCAUGACCUUGGACAUAGACAAGCUGUUUCACAUCCGACCUGUCACUCAGACAGACGUGUACCGUGCAGACGCCAAAGAAAUCCCAAGGAUAUUUCAGAUCCUGUAUGCCAACGAAGGCGAGAGCAAGCGCGAGCAGGAAGUCACGGAGGCCACACCCUUCGGCGAGCGCCCCUCCUACAUCAGCCACAAGGGCCACGAGUUCAUCCCCACGCUCUAUCACUUCCCUUCCAGCUGUGAGGCGUGCACGCGGCCCCUGUGGAACGUCUUUAAGCCACCGCCGGCCCUCGAGUGCCGCCGCUGCCACACCAAGUGCCACAAAGACCACCUGGACAGGAAGGAGGAGGUCAUUGUGCCCUGCAAGGUGAGCUAUGACAUGUCCAUCGCCAAAGAGCUGCUUUUGCUGACCAACAGCCAGGAGGAGCAGCAGCGAUGGGUCAGUCACCUCCUCAAGCGCAUCCCCAGGAAACACCCGUCAACCGCCGCCUCCCCGCCCCACGUUCCCGACAUGGCGCCGGCGAGAUCCUCCCCUCGUGUUUCGCCGCGCGCGUCGCCCAAAGGCUCGCCGCAGAUUUCACCACAUCGCGGGGCCAUGAAGAUGCCGUCCACCAGACAGCACCAGCAACCAUCAGGGAAAGCCAGUUAACGGCGGCUGAGCAAAGACAUUGUCCUCGUCUUUGUGGAUGAUUGACAGCAGUGUGCCGACAAAUCAAGAGGAGAGAAAUUCACUGGAAGUGUAAGAACUUUAAAUAAGAGGAACAAGAGCACUACUUCUUCUUCAGGAUAGUCAACACAAGCCUGCUUUUUCAUAGCAAAAACCAAAAAAGAAAGUACUUUGACAUUCAUGUUUGAAGUGCAAGGUGUGUGUGCUUUGUAUACCUGUAUAAAUUAAGAGGACUAGCACGUUUAGCACAUGUGGAUUGUAUUAUUUUUAUGAGCAGAGAAUAUACGGCACACGCUGAGUUGACACAACAGAUUGCACAAUGUCAUUGGUUUGUCUCACAUUGUUGCAAAAUGUGAACAGAAACAAUCCCAUUUUCUCUUCGAUUACCAAAUAAAAUUAUUGUACCCAGAAAUAGGUUUCCAUUGUGUCUUGUCGUGUUGUUUAAAUUGGCUUCCUUUGCAUAUAACAGGAAAGAAUCUGCUACGAACAAUCCAGUAAAAGUAAAAAAAAAUAAAAAAAAAUGUAAGCGUAUUUUCGCGGGUACCAGGUGACUUUUUCCAGGAGAGUUUCAUCUCCCUUUGAGGUUCUUGUGGAGUG